AUGGCAUUUAGAGGUCCUGAGCCCUGGCUCCCUGCAUCCCUGCGGAACCAGAGGCUGAGAGCCGAGGAGAAGGCACUGGACCUGGAGUUCGAGGUCUUGAGCGUGGGAUUUAACGAGGAGGGCAGAUAUGCCCUGCGGCUGUCAGCUGAGAACCCACUGCAGGCGGCCUCUGGGGCUGGGGUGCAGCUGCGAGUAAAUGAUGGGGACACUCUCCCUGCCUGCUCUGCGGUCACUGAGGUCAUUGAGCAACAAGAUCCUGGCCAGAGCCUCACCCUCACCAGAAACAAAUUUAUCUUUACUUUGCCCAGAGGGUUCUGCAAGAACGACAGGCUGCAUGACGCGCAGCUGCGUGUGGAGGCGCUGAGGUUCAGUGAAGCUUCAGGACAGACAGCCCAGCGGGUGGGCGAGGCCAUCUUCCCCAUCUACCCACGGCCAGACCAUCCCCGCAUGAACCUCGAAGCAAGGGAGCAUGAGGAUUUGUACCGUUACCGCGGCAACCUGGCCCUGCUCCGGGCCAGCGAGGACCCCACGGCCCGCCACUGCGGGGGCCUGGCCUACAGCGUGGCCUUCCACGUGCACCGGGCCCCUGCUUCAGGCUGCCCUCCAGAGCCCAGCCAGUCAGCACAGAUGUCACUGUCUCCAGAGCCGCAGAUUUCAAGGGAAGCCCUGAGUGAUCACAAGGCAGACGUUUCCUCUGUGUGUCCAUUCCUGAACCCAUCCAAUGACCACUGUGACCAGGAGGAGCUCAGCCCUAAACCAAGAGCUUGGCAGCACCCAGGUUCAAUUCCCCAGGACCCACAAGACCCCCCGGAUACCUCCCAGGACCCGACACAUGACAUCGCUCACCUGGCUCCCUCUAACAAGGAGACCGUCAUGAUUACUCUGCACGGGGCUACCGACCUGCCUGCCUGCAAGGACGGCUCGGAGCCGUGGCCCUACGUGCUGGUGAAUACCACUUCAGAGGAAGACAGCAAGCAGAGCUCCAGCGCGGUCACCUCUGUGACCUCCGAACCCACCAGAACCCCAAUCUGGGGGGAUACAGUGAAAGUGGAGCUCCAGGCAGAGGAUGUGGGACGAGAAGAUAUGGUCCUCAAGGUGAUGGACAACAGAAGCAAAGAGGAAUUGUUGUCCUACAGGAUUCCCAUCAAGUACCUACGUGUCUUCCACCCCUACCACUUUGAGCUGGGGAAGGUCUUUCUCCGUGGAGUCAACGAGCCCCUGGUCAACAACAGUAACCCCAUGGCGGUGAUUGCCCGGGUGGUUCCCAACUACACUGAGUUUAAGAGCAACCAAGCAAGUGGGGACCAAGCCUCUGUGGGGUUGCCGCUCACCCCGCUCUCCUUCCCAAUCUCAUCACCAAUGAACUUUGAUGUGCCUCGAGUCAGUCAGAAUGGAUGCCCUCAGCUAUCCAAGCCUGGGGGACCUCCAGAGCAGCCCUUGUGGAACCAAUCCUUCCUCUUCCAAGGCCGUGACGGAGCCACCAGCUUCUCAGAGGACACUGCCCUGGUGUUGGAGUACUAUCCCUCUGCCUCAACGAAAGGCAAUGAGCCUUGGACCCUCAGUCAACCCUUGGGCAUCUCCGUGUUGCCGUUAAAGACUCAUUUGUACCGCAAGCUGCUGGCAGAGAAAGGCCUGAAUGGGCUGCGCGUGGAGCAGCUGCCCAUCACUAAUACCAACCUAAGAACCAUCAGCGGUGAGGCCCCCACGGUGGAUCUUUCCUUCCAGGUGCAUUCCUCUGAGAGACCAGAAAACUUUUUGACACCAAAAAGCAGCAAAGCUCUGCCUGUCCUGGACCCCAAGAUCCUAGACCGGAAGCCGAGCACCAUCAGCAAGUCCUGCUCCAAGGUCACCAUGAGCUCAACUGAUUCCUGCCAGGAAGCAGAAGCAGAGCCUCAGAUGCCAGAAACGUCCCGAGACAUGGAGAUGAAUAACUACCGGCGGGCCAUGCAGAAGAUGGCAGAGGACAUCCUCUUGCUGAGGAAGCAGACCAGCAUCCUGGAGGGGGAGAACUGCAUGUUGAGGAACCGCCUGACCCAGCAGGGUGUGGAAGAGGAGCAGAGCCGAGCAGAGGAGGAAACCCUCGCAGAGUCCAUGAGGCAGAAGCUGUUGCUGAGUGAGGUGGAUAUGAAGAGACUGCGCGACAAAGUGCAGCACCUUCAAAAUGAGCUAAUUCGGAAGAAUGAUCGAGAGAAAGAGCUGCUGCUCCUGCACCAGGCUCGGCAGCCCCAGACUGCACUGCUGAAACGGUACCAGGACAAGCUGCAGAAGAUGAGGGACCUGGAAGACACCGUGCGGCAUCAGGAGAAGGUGAUUGAGAAGAUGGAGCAGGUUCUGGAAGACAGGCUACGUGAAAGGAAGGAGCCCAUGGUGCCACCAAGCAGGCCUCAGGGGCAACCCACCAUGGGUGGCCUUGCUCCCCAAGCCUUCCCCACGUUCUCAACCCCUGGCAUUCACCUGGGAGAGAACCUGCCUGUUGAUUUCUACUCAGUGCUGCUGGCAGAAAACGCGAGGCUGCGGGCAGAGCUGGAAAAGAAUCGCCAGCAGUCAGCCCCCAUCAUUCUGCAGCAGCAGGCCCUGCCGGUGGACCCCGGGGAGUUGGGAGCAGGUGGAGACUUGGCAGAGUGGCUUCCAGAGACAGAUGGCCCAGGCCACUCCAAGGGCACAGCGGCCCUGCCCGCACAGGAUCUGCUUGGUGGGACUUCAGACAAGUUAAACCUCCUGGCUAAGCUGGAACAGGCUCAGAGCCGGAUUCUGUCUCUGGAAACCCAGCUGGAGGAGUCAGCUCGGCAGUGGGCGCGAGAGAAGCAGGACUUGGCCAUGCGGCUGCAGGAACAAGCGCACGGCUUUAGGCACCCCUCAAACCUUAUCAUCACAGACCAACCUUACGUCUCGACCCACUCCAAGGACUUGAAGCAGCCCUCCAAGCUGGAAUCCCUGCUUUCCAGCUCAGACUCAAAGCUCAACAAGCUCUCGAACCCCAAGAAUGAGACCUUGAACCCCCAGCAUGAGACCUCUAACCCCCAGCAAACCUGAACCCAGAGCAGGCCUCCUUCCCUGUGUGCCAGGAGGCAUGCCCUCCAUAAAGAUUACAUUAAUAAACACCAUAGCUCAA